UACGUCAGGGCACACUGCUAUUUGGUAGUCUAGUAGGUACCUAGGCUUUUAUAGUAGGCAGGUUAGGUACUCUUAUUAUAUAUAUCUAGGAGAAGAGGAAGGAAGAGGGUGAAAGACUUGGAAAGAAAAACCAAGAAGUUAAUGUCUGACGGAUUGAACAUGAACAUACCAACAAACUAAGUAACUGAAAAAACUAGAGACAAAAGUAGGCAUGCUUUACUUUCUAGAGAGUAGAGAGAUUAGUUAAGUAAUACCUACUUUUAUAAGUUUGAUUUGAACAAGGCAACUCUGCAACGAUCCUAACACCUUUAAAUUAACAUUCUUUAAUUUAUGAAACUCUCAUUCUACUUGUUAUAAUUAACUGGUAACCAUUGGAGCCAGAGGAUUAUUGGACCACUCGAAUUACUACGAACGAUUUUAAACCAUGUUGCCAAAUUCAAGCAAUAAUAAGGAUGAAGUCCUGAAAAAACUAGUACUAUUUUACUACCAAGGAUUUCUUAGUUUUACUUUAAAGUUGGAGGAAAUUGCUGAUUUGACUUGGAAUUUGCAACAAAGUUUUGUAGAAGCCACCAUUCUCAAUCCACUACUAUUGAAAUAUCCACUAAAUAAGAAUUUUUCAAGAUUAUACAUAAAGAAAUUGAUAAGUUAUUUAGAACCACAUCAGGAGGUCCAUGACAAACUUUAUGAAAAAUUAUGUAUUUUAAUGGAUGACAAAUCAAAAGAAGAUUCAUUUCAUUACAGACACUAUGUUAUUAGUAAUGAUUUGAAUAAUAUAAUAAGUCUACGGGAGACUAACAAUAUGGUUGUGAAUGGAACAACAGGAAUGCGCACUUGGGAGGCUGGUGUGAUGUUAGCUGACUGGGCUCUUUGUAAUAGAGACUUGUUUACAAACAGAAAAGUACUUGAAGUUGGUUCAGGAGUUGGCUUCACUGGAAUUACAAUAUCCAAAUUGUGUAAAGUUAAGGAAUACAUCUUCACUGACUGUCACAAUGAAGUUUUAAAUACACUAAAACACAAUAUAAAUAUGAAUUUCCCUUACACACAUACAGAAGAAAAAAUGGGAAUGAUUACAUUUGAAUGUAAUAGUUGUGAAAUAGGUGUUAUGUCAUUAGAUUGGAAUUCCACUGAAGAUUUUCCAAAUUUGGUACCAGAUAUAAUAAUUGGAGCUGAUGUGGUCUAUGAUCCCAGUGCUAUAGAGUCACUUUGCAAUGUAAUAAAAACAUUCUUAAGCAAAAAUACUAAACUGGAAAUCUACCUUGCAACUAUAAUAAGAAUUGAAGAAACAUUCCAACAGUUUUUAAUAGCUUUAGAAAAUUUAGAUAUUGAGGAUUCUCCUAAAGAUAAGAGAAUUAAAUUGAAUAAAAGGACAUCAAAAGUAAUAAGCAAAGUUAAUAAACCGAAAUCAAAAAAUAAGGAAUUACUUAAUGACAAGCAGUUUACAUUACAUAAUGUAUCACCACCACAUGAUGAUUAUUCUCAGUGCUCUACAAGUGAUUGUCAAGACAAUGGUAUAAUGGAUGACGCUAAAAUUUUGGCUAAUAAUGAGAAGAUUCCGCAGAGUUUAGCUCGCAACUUUAUAAAUCUUUUGACUGAAGGCUGUACUUUGCCUUUUAUUGCAAGAUAUAGGAAGACAAUGGUUGACUACCUGAUGCCAGACAGGCUACAGGAACUACAUGAAAGCUACCAAAAUGUUGUGCAGUUAAAGAAAAAAGUUAAAUCUGUUUUAGCAGCUUUAAAGAAAUCUAAAAAGUUAACUCCAGAUGUUGAGAAGAGUAUUUUGGAUGCUCGCAAUCUAUCUGAGUUGGAAUUGAUUUAUGCUCCACUUAAAACACAUUCCUUGUCACUAGCUGAGAGAGCCCGAAGUCUGGGUUUAGAGCCAUAUGCUGUUCAAGCAUUAAACGGAGAGUACAUUAAUUUGCAAACCUUAUGUACUCAAGAUGGGGAGUUGUCAUCCAUUGACAAAGUGGAAGCACAUAUAACACAUAUUGUUGCUGAUAUAAUAUACAAAGAUACAAGGGUUCUGGAACAUAUGAGAAGUUUAAAAGAGGAAACACGAUUUACAAUACAAAGCAGUCAGACAAAAGCAUCAACAAAAGAAAAGAAAGUAACUAAUCUCAACAAGAAUCCUGAUUCUAAAUCAGAUCCUGAAACCUACAAAUUGUACUUUGAGUGGAAAUGCCUGAGCCACUUUGUGAAACCUCAUCAAACCUUAGCAAUCAACAGAGGGGAAGAUGAGAAAAUAUUAUCUGUCAAAGUUAUUGUUCCCGAUUGGUUUUACAAUAAAUUGGAAAAAUUUUGUAUAACAUUAUGGAAAAGUAGACAUUGGGUAUGCAAAGGAUUAACUGAUGCAUACAACCGCCUUAUAAAAUCAUGGCUAUCCAGACAAAUAAGGUCGGAUCUCACCAAAAUCGCCCACAAGGAAGCUGUGAAAACAUUUACUACUAAUUUAGAGAAAUAUCUAUUGACUGAGCCCAUCAAGAACAGGGUUAUUGCAGGCUUAGAUCCAGGGUUCAAAGCUGGGUGCAAGGUGGGAAUUAUUAAUCCAAAUGGCGACAAAUUAGAUGCCUGUACUUUGUAUCCUGACUUACGAAGAGAAAACCCAAACGACUUGGCAGCACAGCAACUUAAACGACUUCUGUUAAAAUAUAAAGUAAAUCUGAUUGGAUUGGGGAACGGGACAGCAUGUCGCGAAACAGAAACCUGGCUGAAAAAUCACGGCAUAUCUGAAACCGUGCCCGUGAUCAUUGUACCUGAACAAGGAGCAUCUAUUUAUUCUAUAAGCAAAGAAGCUCAAAAGGAACAUCCAAAUAUGGAUCCUAAUUUAAUCUCAGCCCUAUCAAUAGCAAGAAGGGUAUUAGAUCCCUUAGGAGAACUAAUAAAAGUGGAUCCCAAAAAUUUGGGAGUAGGGCUUUACCAACACGACAUACCACCGAAAAUACUGGAAUCUGCGUUGGACUGCACAGUGGAGAAAGUAGUCAGUUUGGUGGGCGUCGAUAUCAACACUGCUUCACUAGCUAUGCUCAGACGCAUAUCUGGAUUGAACGAAGGUCGCGCGAAGAAGCUGAUAGCAUAUCGUCAAGAGCACGGCGGUUUCGGGUCCCGCUUGGAGAUCCUCCGCGUGGACGGCGUCGGGAAGCUCACGUACCAGCAGUGCGCCGGCUUCCUGCGCGUGCGCGCGCGUGCUGAGCCUCUGGACGCCACCAUUGUACAUCCUGAGAGUUACCCUGUUGCCAAAUCAUUCGCCAAGAAAAUUGGUGUAAACAUCAAGGAUUUAACAAAACCUAAUUUCCCAAGUAUUGUCGAAUCCAAAAUACAAGGAAUAGACAUUGAAAAGAUGAGUAAAGAUCUCGAUACGGACCGGAGCACAUUGGAUCUAAUUAUAACCGCUUUCAAACAGAAGUCCCAUGAAGACGACAUCAUUUCUUUCUGCAGACCUGUGUAUUCGAUGGCGGUGAAGGCAGUUGACCAACUACAAGAGGGAAUGACGUUGACAGGUGUCGUUCGUAAUGUCGUGCCUUUCGGCUGUUUCGUGGAUUGUGGUUUAGGGGAAAAUGGCCUCAUACACAGGAGCAACUUGGGUCCGAGUCAGACGCCCAAACUAGGGGACCGAGUGGCCGUCACAGUCAUACCUUCGACGAAACCCAGGAAAAUACAGCUCAAAUUGGAAAAAAUUCUAGACUGAUAUAACGGUAUUUUUUUUAUUUCUUGUUCCAUUGUUAUGUUAAAAUAAUAGUUGUGUGAAAUGUGAUCAAUAAAUGAAUUCAAUGUUGAGUUAUAAA